AGCUCCGUGUGGCAGGUCGGGGCGUUUUGGGAGGGCACCGCUGGGGGAUUGCGUCACUGGCAAGAUGGCGGCGCCCACGGUGAGAUUCGGCUUGAGGAGAGUUUUAGCUCAGAGUCCUAGCCAUCGUUUCUCCAGAACUGAUUGUCAUUCUUCAGUGCUUCCUUGUUUUGGCAACUUACUGAUUUCCACUAGAUAUUAUGCGAAAAAAGCAAAGUCCAAAAAAAACCCUGUGCAAACAGAGACCAAGAAAAGACUGCGCUGGGAAUUUCCUGCACCAAGUGAACCAACAGAUGAUGUGUAUUUGGCAUGGUGUUACCCAAGGCCAGUAUAUGAAGCAGAAGUGGCUUUAGAUAUGCUGAGGAAGUUUCAACAACUGGAGUUCGCUUCUCCCAACCAGCCUGUGUAUGCUAAUCUCACCUUGGACAUGAAAUUAGACAAGAAAACGUUGGAACCCUUUCUUGGUGCAGUUCUUUUCCCUUAUCGUCUCACAGAUUCUAUCCACAAGGUUGUGGUGUUUGCAGAGAAAGCAGAAGACGCUGCUCUCGCUAGAGAACAUGGUGCUGCAUUUGUAGGAGCAACUGAAUUAAUUAGCCCGAUCCUGAACGGAGAAAUAAAAGCAGAUCAUUAUGUUUGUGUGCCACCGAUGCUGAACAAGCUGAAGGCUCUAAAGACUGUCUUGGGUGCCAAGUUCCCAAACAAUAAACGUGGUUCUGUCAGUUACGACAUUCCCAAGAUGGUUAAUGUCUUCAGACUCUGCCAUGAAUAUGUGGUAGCUAAUGAUAACCUUAUUGAAACGCAAAUUGCCACGAUGGAUAUGCCUAAUGAUCAGAUAGUUGCCAAUCUGGAUGCGCUUAUUAAGGACGUUUGUAAAUACAAACAUUCGCGCUAUGGCUCCUUUGUGACAUCUUUGUUUCUUCAAAGUCAAUCCAGCGAAGGCUUACAGAUAAAGGUUGAACCCUUUCUCUCUGAAGGAGCUGUGAAAAAAGUGGAAAAUAAGGUACAAGAGGAAGCAAAGGAAGAAGACGGGGAUUCUGAUAAAGAAGAAAUGCAGAAGUCCAGUUAACUGGAGUGUCAGCACAAAUGUAUUUUUUAUUUGUACAAACCCAUAAAGAAGCGAAACUGACUGUGUAUCUGAAUUACUUCAGUGAAACUCUGAACAGGGCAGUCUUGAAGUAUACUCCACUUCAGUAUUGGAGCUGUUAGGUGAUUAUGCCGACAUCUUUCCCAGCAACACCCCUCUUGGCUCAUAAGAGUAUAUGUUAUUACUAGAAAUAAAAAGUCUGCGUUCAGUUCAUAUGUCUGUGUAUCUUGGAAAGACUCCAAAUUCCUGGGGCAACAACAUGCAGAGACUCUUGUCUCUUGUUUUGUUUUUGUUUGAACAUCUUCAUUUGCUUAAUCCAUGUAAGAAUGGGCUGCCUCAUUUUUUU